GAGCCGGCCGCCCAGGUUUCCGCACCGCCAGCCCCCUGCCCGCGCCCUUAGGAGCGUCCGGCAACCGCCGAGCGCGGCUGCGGCCGCCCCAGCGCCAUGUUGCGCGGCCUGGGCAGCUGGUUGGGGCUGGAGCGGGCAGGCGAGGAGAAGCUGCUGCCGGCCGAGGAGAGGGGCCGGAGCAGCCCUGCGGAUGCGGGCGAGGAGCCAAGCGCGCGGAACCAGGAGCAGGUGGAGCUGCAGGCGGACUCGGACCCGCUCCUCAGCCAGGCCAAGGGACUCGGCAGUUAUCUCUUCAAUUUUGCCACUGCUGCUACAAAAAAGAUAUCUGAAUCGGUUGCCGAAACAGCACAAACUAUAAAGAAAUCUGUAGAAGAAGGAAAAAUCGACAGUAUAAUUGAUAAGACAAUUAUUGGAGACUUUCAGAAGGAACAAGAGAAAUUUGUGCAAGAGCAGCAAACGAAAAAAUCUGAAGCAGCAGUGCCUCCUUGGGUAGAUAGCAAUGAAGAAGAAACAAUUCAACAACAAAUACUGGCCUUAUCAGCAGAUAAACGAAAUUUUCUGCGGGAUCCUCCAGCCGGUGUUCAGUUUAAUUUUGACUUUGAUCAAAUGUACCCUGUUGCAAUGGUUAUGUUACAAGAAGAUGAACUUCUCAAUCGGAUGAGGUUUGAUCUUGUUCCUAAACAUGUAAAGGAAGAGGUCUUCUGGAGAAAUUACUUCUACAGGGUGUCCCUAAUUAAACAGUCUGCACAACUCACUGCACUUGCUGCUCAACAGCAAGCAGUAGGGAAAGAAGAGAACAAAGGGAGAGAAGAGGAUAGUCAACUGAAAGAAACAGUACGGCCCAAAACACCACCUGUUACAAUAAAGUCUCAGCUAAAAUCUCAAGAGGAUGAGGAAGAGAUCUCCACAAGUCCAGGUGUAUCAGAAUUUGUGAGUGAUGCUUUUGAUGCCUGUAAUUUGAAUCAAGAAGACCUAAGAAAAGAAAUGGAACAACUAGUGCUAGACAAAAAAAAAGAGACUUCAGUAGUAGAAGAAGAGACUGCUGAUUGGGAAAAGGAACUACAGCAAGAGCUUCAGGAAUAUGAGGUGGUGACAGAAUCAGAAAAACGUGAUGAUAACUGGGACAAAGAAAUAGAAGAAAUGCUGCAAGAAGAAAAUUGAGCAUUUUCAUGAAAUCACUAUAACUCUAAACAUUUUCUAAAAGCUGACAUGAAAUUCUGCUUUCAUAUUUUGCUUACGAAAGAUCUUCAAACAACAUGAAAGAAUUUAAAACCAUUAUAAUUCCAUAUAGGGAUAUAACCAGUAUUGCUGUUCUUUAUAUGAGCAAUUUCUUCACCAUUCUUUUAAAAGAAAAAAAAAGAAAAUGAGAGGCACUACAGAUUACAAGUAAUAAUUAAAAGUGGUAAGAUUACUACAGGAAGCAAGAGUUCAGUGUGAGGCAUUCUUAGGUGGCCAAGAAGUUCUACAGGAACACUUUUAAACUGAAGAAUCUCAAUUUAAGUUUGUCCGCAGCCUUCUGUUUGGGGUGCAAAAUUGGAUGUUGUAAGUAACUUAGUCCUUGGAAGUAAUGAUAUUUCAUCACAUUUGCAUCACAUGUGAUCACAUGAUCACAUUCAUCACCCUGUAUGAUCUGUAAAUGUGUACCAUUUAUUAAGGUACUUGUAACUAGUAGCUUUUGUUUGUAUUUAAGUUUCUUAACAUAUGUAGCCAAAGAAUUUAUAUAAAAUCCUAUCAGAAUAACUUCUGAUAGUGUGUUUAAAAAAACACUAAUUCAGACUCCAAAAGAAGUACAGGUUUGUUAUUGAUCAGGUGAUAUAUCUGGCAAAUAUUUACACAUUUAAAAACAAGAAUAGUUCCUGCUUGAUUUAACCUGUUGUUUUUGUUAUGCCAUAUCUCAGAUGUGGCCUUUCCCCACAAAGAGAGAUAGUUCAGUGCAUUCUUUCUUCAAAAGAUUGUUGUAUUUCCAUUUAAUUUUGCUGUCAGCAUGAGAGCAAAUUAAAUGUUUCUCCUUAUUUUAACUGCUGAAAAAUAUAAAACUUUGGCUGGUUUGGACUUCUUUAUUAAAUACUAUAGAUAUGUAUAAAAUUGGUUUGUUUCUUUGAAGUGAGGGCAGGGUGAGGGGCAAACAUGCUAAAAUACAUCUGACUAUGGCUGGAUACUUCAGACUUGUGCAUAUUUCAAAAAUAUACUUUGUCACAGUACAUAAGUCAUGAAAUAUAAAUACAAAGUUUUCUGUAAAAGAUUUUUUGAUCCUUAUUAGACAUCUGGAUAUUAAAUGUAGUUUUCCCAUUAAAUGAGUACCUUGAUGUAUAUAAAUGAAAAUUUAAUGUUCUAUUUGUCAUCCAUUCCAUAAACUUCUGUAACAAGACACCUGUAAGAGUCUAAGUAUGAAGGGAAAUGGGUAAAAUGAAGUGGACCUGUGGAGCACAAUUGAAUUACAUGAAAGUUAUAUGCAGUAAGUUCUGUUCACAUUGGCAAUGCUCCCUUACUAGUUCUGUUCUUAUUAGCAUUGCUCCCAUCCUAGUCUGUUCAGGCUUCAAAAUGGACCAGUUCUUCUAAAUUUCUUAAUUUGGAAUUUACUGAACACCUUUGCAUUUUUUCUCAUUUUUUUUUUUUUUAAGAUAGAACCUACUUUUACAUUUGUUUUUCUACAAUACUCUCCAUUCUUGAACCAGGGAGCCAAUAAGGAUCCAUGGAGUACUUCAGAGAAUGUGUUUAAAAAAAAGAGAGAGAGUAAAAGCUUACAUAUGCCAAGUACCUAUCUCAUAUAAAACUUCUGAAAUCUGCACUUGUUUGGAUUUUUUUCAACAUGCUUGUAGUUCAGUGACUGCUGAGAUAUGGCAUAACAAAUCCUUUAAUUCAGGAAUUGUAUUUUUCUAUUGUUGAUAAUUACAAAUUUUCUAUCAAUAUGAACAAUAAAUUGCCUUGAAGUAUAUAGAAUUUGAUUUUUCCCUAUAAGAGAUUAACAUCCAAACCUGGACUGCUGGGAACAUUGGGAGAAGGACCUCAUGAGUUUGCUUGUACUGCCAAAAUGCUGUCCUUAUAUGAUUUCUGAUAAUGAGAUUUCACUGGCACUGUCACAUUGCAGGAGAAAUCCAUGUACUUGAUAAUUUUCCCAUGAAAAGUCAUAUUGAUAAGUAAGUUUGCUGUGUAAAUGUAGAUUUGUUGAACAGAAAAGCAGUGAUAUUUUGGGGGAAGAGCUAAGCUGGUUUUUGCAAGGAGCCAUUUGAUCAGUGUAGACUAGAAUCUAACUAGAAAACACAAGUGCAACUAAAUGUAAAAGCACCAAGAACAAAAAUCAAAGUUUGGGUAGAAACUGAUGGAUUUCUGGCACAUAACAGAAAUAAUUUUCAUAGCCAAACUUUAGUGAUUUACUAAUAGGUAUAUAAUUUGGAUAUUAUUACCUAAUUUUAAAUCAUUUGCUGUUUCCAUGUUUGCUUAUUGCAGUAUUGCUGUUCAAGGCAACCAGUCAUCAUGUCCAUACAGGUUUUUAUUUUCAUAGUCAUGGAAGACUUUGUCCAAAUAGAGAAAAAUUAUAAUGUUUUGUUUGUCUAAAAUCAGAUAUAAAAAUAGAUUCAGUUGGCCUGGUGGGAUGAUGCACAAUCCGGACUGUAGGACAGGACCUAAAUUUGUAAAAUAUUGCCAGUAACAUAGAUUAAAGGGAUUCCAAACAGAAAA